UACAUUUGGAAGGGAAAACGGAAACUUUUGCUGUGGCAUCGUAUCUUAACUUAACUAUCAUUAAAGCUGCGUACUUCUAAAUAACAGGAACAGGAAGCUCGUCACUCAGCGCGCGUGCGCGAUACAGCAGCGACGGCGGCGUGAUCUGGACGUUGGAUGUUUCCGUGAGCAGCGGCGUGAGGACAGCGAUCGGUCAUCAUGGACUUCCAGCACAGAGCUGGAGGGAAGACAGGCAGCGGCGGCGUGGCCUCGUCGUCCGAGAGCAACCGGGACCGGCGCGAACGACUGCGACAGCUCGCCCUAGAGACCAUAGACAUCAACAAAGACCCGUACUUCAUGAAAAACCACUUGGGCUCCUAUGAGUGUAAACUGUGUCUCACGCUGCACAACAAUGAGGGAAGCUACCUCGCUCACACGCAGGGCAAGAAGCAUCAGACUAACCUAGCAAGACGAGCUGCUAAAGAGGCGAAGGAAGCGCCAGCUCAACCGGCUCCGGAGAAGGUCAAAGUAGAAGUGAAGAAGUUCGUCAAGAUCGGCAGACCGGGUUAUAAAGUAACCAAACAAAGAGAUCCAGAGAUCGGACAGCAGAGUCUGCUCUUCCAGAUUGAUUACCCAGAGAUAGCAGAAGGUAUCGGGCCGAGGCAUCGCUUCAUGUCGGCGUAUGAGCAGAGGAUCGAGCCUCCGGACCGUCGCUGGCAGUAUCUGCUGUUCGCGGCCGAGCCGUACGAAACCAUCGCCUUCAAGGUUCCCAGUCGAGAGAUCGACAAAGCAGAGACUCGUUUUUGGACACACUGGAACAGGGAGACGAAACAGUUUUUCCUGCAGUUUCACUUUAAGAUGGAGAAAGCUCUGGUGGCUCCACCGGGUCAGGCGCCGUCGCUCGGCGUCAAGCGUCCUCCUUCACUGAUCACUGGACUCGCUCCACAUCCGCACAGUGACUCCAUGCCGCCCCCCCCGCCGGGAGGAAUGCACGGGAUGCCCCCCGGAGCCCCCAUGCCUCCACACAUGCCCCCCCCAGGAGCCCUUCCUCCUCACCUGAGGCCGCCGCUCCCCAUGGACGGGUAGCCUUUACUUGAAGCUUUUACAUGUAAUGCAUUGCAACAGUAUGUUAAUGCAUCGAUUUUGUCUGGUAAUGCACCUUAUAAUGCAUUAUAUGAUCUCAAGAAUAAUUAUGCAUUCAUUGUUACAUCUUCAGAAAGUAUAAUGCGUUAAAACAAACUAACUUUCAAAUGUUAUAAUGCAUUUUUAACUUGGGUUACUAUUAUAUAAUGCAUUACAAGACACAUUAUGAAUAUUUUUUUUUUAAUCAUGCAUUAUACAUAAAGGCUUCAAGUGUUAACAGUUUAUCGUUUUAGACAUAAAUGGACACUUUUUGUUUUUCCACUUUAUGUUCAUGUGCACAGCUUCCUAAAUAUGUGGUGAUUUGACUCGUGAGCAAACAAUGUCCAAAUGUUUUUUUUUUUUUUUUAUAAAAAAUCUUGAAAUGUGAAAUUGAAGUUGUGAUGCUCUUUUCUUGUAUAAUGUAACAUCUGAAUGAAAUGAUUUCUUGAAUGAGAAAA